UUGUCAGUUCGCAUCCGACUAGAAAGCAGUUAACGAGUAGUCUGUGUUUUUUCGCUUGCGGUUAAAAGCCACGAGCUUAAGCAAAACCGCCGCCCAGCAACAACAACAACAAAAACCCCUUUAUUAAGUGUGAGUGUGUGAGCAGAAAAUUAUGCCAACAGAAUUCUAAAAAAUAUAUAUAAAUAUUUAAAUAACCAAUAAAAAUCAAGAAAUCCACACAAGUUUCGCUCAAAACAACAACACAGUUAUAUAUACUAGCCAUAAAAAAAACAAACCCAUAAACAAGUGCAAAGCAACAAGGAAAAUAACGUAAAAUAGUGCCAGUUAACAGCUAACAACAGCAAACGGCGAUCAACAAAACCCACCGGCAAAAUCAACAAAUUUUUAACUCGCAGUCAACAAGGAGCAACAAUUCAGCCAGCGAUUUCCCAUUGCGAACUUGUGGCGGGUAAAAGAUUGAUUGCGAAGCUUCCCCAUUCGCUUCGAUAUUUUUUGGGCUGGCGAGGAGAGCUUGAAGAGCUUGAAGAGCCGCAAAGCUGCAACUGCACAACGACCUUUUCUACCCCAUGAUGGACGGCUUCGCGCAGGACUGGCCCACGCUGACCCACACAGACAACGGCCUGGCCAUGGACCAGCUGGGCGGGGAUCUGCCCCUGGACGUGGGCUUCGAGCCACAGACCCGGGCCAGAUCCAACACAUGGCCAUGUCCGCGUCCCGAGAACUUCGUGGAGCCCACCGACGAGUUGGACAGUACAAAGGCCAGCAAUCAGCAGUUGGCCCCAGGAGACUCACAGCAGGCUAUACAGAAUGCGAAUGCAGCCAAGAAGAACUCAUCGCGUCGCAAUGCAUGGGGAAAUCUAUCCUAUGCGGAUCUCAUCACGCAUGCCAUUGGAUCGGCCACCGACAAACGACUGACUCUGAGCCAGAUUUACGAGUGGAUGGUCCAGAAUGUGCCAUACUUCAAGGACAAGGGCGACUCGAAUAGCAGUGCUGGAUGGAAGAACUCCAUACGUCACAAUCUGUCGCUGCACAACCGCUUUAUGAGGGUUCAAAACGAGGGCACCGGCAAGUCCUCCUGGUGGAUGCUGAACCCGGAGGCCAAGCCCGGCAAGUCCGUGCGCCGCCGUGCCGCUUCCAUGGAGACGUCCCGGUACGAGAAGCGGCGCGGCAGGGCCAAGAAGCGGGUGGAGGCACUGCGUCAGGCCGGCGUGGUGGGCCUGAACGAUGCCACGCCCUCGCCCAGCAGCAGCGUCAGCGAGGGGCUGGACCACUUUCCCGAGAGUCCGCUCCACAGUGGCGGUGGCUUCCAGUUGUCGCCCGAUUUCCGGCAACGCGCCUCAUCCAAUGCCAGUUCCUGCGGACGCCUGAGUCCCAUUAGGGCGCAGGAUCUCGAGCCCGACUGGGGAUUCCCCGUCGACUACCAGAACACGACGAUGACGCAGGCCCACGCCCAGGCGCUCGAGGAGCUCACGUGCUCUGUAGCGGAUGAGCUGACGCUGUGCACCCAGCAGCAGCAGCAAGGGUUCAGUGCCGCCUCGGGCCUCCCCUCGCAGCCCCCGCCCCCGCCCUACCAGCCGCCGCAGCAUCAGCAGGCGCAGCAGCAGCAGUCGCCCUACGCCCUCAACGGCCCCGCCCCCGGCUACAACACGCUGCAGCCGCAGUCGCAGUGCCUGCUGCACCGGUCCCUCAACUGCAGCUGCAUGCACAAUGCAAGAGAUGGUCUCUCGCCGAACUCAGUAACCACAACAAUGUCGCCCGCCUAUCCAAACAGCGAGCCCUCCUCGGACUCCCUGAACACGUACAGCAACGUGGUGCUCGAUGGUCCGGCGGACACUGCCGCACUGAUGGUGCAGCAACAGCAGCAGCAGCAGCAGCAGCAACAGCAACAACUGUCCGCCAGCUUGGAAGAUAAUAACUGCGCCUCUACUUUGAUAGGACAAUGCCUGGAGGUGCUGAACAACGAGGCGCAGCCGAUAGACGAAUUUAAUCUGGAGAACUUUCCCGUGGGGAAUCUCGAGUGCAAUGUCGAGGAGCUGCUGCAGCAGGAGAUGAGCUACGGUGGACUGCUGGACAUCAAUAUCCCGCUGGCCACGGUCAACACGAACCUGGUCAACAGCAGCAGUGGGCCCCUGAGCAUCAGCAACAUAAGCAACAUUAGCAACAUUAGCAACCUCAGCAACCUCAGCAACAUAAGCAACAUAAGCAACAUAAGCAGCAAUUCCGGCAGCAGUCUCAAUCUGAAUCAGCUGCAGGCGCAGCUGCAACAGCAACAGCAGCAGGCGCAGCUACAGCAGCAGGCGCAGCAGCAACAGCAGCCACACCAGCAACAUCAGCAACAGUUGCUGCUGAACAAUAACAACAACAGCAGCAGCAGCCUGGAACUGGCAACACAAACGGCCAGCAGCAAUCUGAAUGCCCGGGUGCAGUACUCGCAGCCAAGUGUGGUGACCUCGCCACCCUCCUGGGUCCACUAGAUCUUGGUCGAAUCCAAGCGCAAUCCCAAGGACGAUCGUUAGCCGGUAGUCGUUGUUGUUGUGUGUGUGCGUGUGUGUUGUUUGUGUCGCCAUUGGAACGCUUUAAACGCUAAUUCUAAAAACCAUAGUGUAAAGAGUUGUAAGCAGCCUCAGAUGGAUGGGAAACUGGAAACGGAUUCAGAUUCGCAUGUGGAUGUGGAUGUGGAUGUGGAUGCGGUUGCGAAACCGGAGUCGGUGUCUUUAUCGGGUAUGCAGCAGCUGCAGGAUCAGUGAGCAGAAAGCAGGAGCCGCAGCUGGACCGCCACUAAAAGUUUACAAAGAUAAAUCUGGUCGCUUCUAAUCUAACAUACAUACAAUACAUAUACAUAGAUAUAUAACUACAAAUAUAUAGUUAUGCAUUACACAUAGAAACGAAGCAUACAAAUAAUACCAAUUAAUCACCAAUAAUUAGAUGCUACAAUUUGUGAAAUUCUCUGAGUGGCAGCAAGUGGAAAAAAACAUCUUUGCCCGCCACUAAUAAAGGGAAAUUUAAAUUGAAUUCAAAACAACCCGGUUUAGUUAUUAGGUUCAACUUUGUACAUAUUAAUUUUAAUAACCUUGACGUAAUGAAACCCACAAAUAAUAAUACUUCUACUGAUAAUAAACAACAAGAAACAGCGUAAAACGUAAACUAAAUGUUCGAUAACUAAAUGGAAAAAUAUUUGCUAGCCAGCAGCCAUUGAGGAAAAUUUAAACAAGAAAAUGGCAACAGAAAACGAAAACAAAAGAAAUUAGCACAAUUAUGUAAUAAUUAAUGCUUAAUUAAUGUAUUUAAUUGAAGGUAUAAUUGUAAUUGUACAUUUUUUUCUAUAAAGAGCAAAGAAAACCCUUAAAGAAGAAUACAACUUGUGUAAAAAUUAUGCUUAAGGUUCGCAAUGAUAUACGUAAUAAUUUCUGCGAUUAGUUAGCACACAUCUGAUCAGCUCGGCUUAUAAAAUAAUUCCCUUUGUUACAUAAAUAUGCCAACAUCCAUAUGUAGAUCGUAGACCUAUGACAAAGAUUCGCGUGUAAUACAAUUAAUACAAUUUUAAAUAUUAGUAAAUGUAAAUGUUGAUAGGCAAAAGCGAAAUACAAAAUUAUAACAGAAUACCCACAAAACUCAAAAACCCAGCAGAACUAAAAGCAUAAAGUAGAAAGCAAAUACAUGCGCAUCAUUGUGUACUAUUAUGGGCUAAAUGUUAAUUAUUAACUAGAUUGUACAAUUCAAAUGUAGUUCAUACUAUUUAAAAUGCAAAAACGGAGUGAAGAUGAAUAAACUGAUGAUUCAAUAUAAGAAUGAAAAGCUUAA